UGUGGACUGUGUACACAUGAGUAAAGACUCGAAGAGAAGAGCAGUGUGUGGACUGUACUGUGAGCCUGGAGUCUUGCACUGAACCAGACAGAGUUAUGUACUGUGCUCAUCCUGUCUCCAGCACAGGCAGCAACUCAUUGAUGUAUUGCUACAACAUGAAACCAGUAUAUGGGCAGUCUCCCACAAAUGAUGACAUCAGCCAGAACACAUCUUCACAUCCAUCCAACAAGGCCCCCAACAAUGUGUUCACAAGCACAUUCUUUGAAGGGAUGAGCAAUUUGCCUGACAUCUGGAAUGCUGUAAAUGGGCUGAACCCACAGGGCUAUGAAGGUGCAGUGGGAACGGCCACAGCCCGCCACACACAGCAGGGGAGCUACAGCGACCUGCAGCCACCACACAGUCACCUGGACUACUCUCCACAUUCAAUGAUGGCCGCUGAUAUGAACAGGGGUCUCCCACCCAUGUCCACUUUCCACUGCAACAAUACGGCAUCACGCACUCUGUCAGUCAACGCCUCAGAAAAUUCAACAGUCUCAGGGAGCCAGGGAAAUGUAUCAGGAGGUUCACAGACAGGUGAUACCUUGGGCAAAGCUCUGGCAUCUAUUUAUUCCCCAGAUCACACCAGCAGUAGCUUCCCUUCCAGCACAUCUACACCGGUGAGGUCUCCAUCUCCACUGCCCAAUGCACCUGACCCUGCAGGCACAAACAUGUGGCCUCGGAGUUCAGUUCAGGCACCAGUCUCACCACAUUAUGAGUCCUCACUUAUAUCAAUGUCUCAGGUGGAGGACCGCCUAGACAGACUUGACGAUGUGAUCCAUGUCCUGAGGAACCACGCUGUUGGUCCCACGGAGGGUCUGCCCACUGACAUCCAAGGCCUGAUGAACCAGGCCCACCACAGCCACGUGGGCUCUGCCAGCACUCUGCCAGUCUCCUGUCACACUCCAGCCAUGGUUAACAACCAUUAUGAAGUUGAAGCUGUCAGUAUGAACAACAACCAUUCAGCCUUCCAGAGCCACACACAAAAUGGCCACCCGUACCCAGUCAGACAGAGGCCCACACUUCAGCCAAUGCAAAGUGGAGGAGGCCUGGGUGUUCAGGGUAAUCUGGAGCUGAAGAUGGAGAGUGGGGAAAGGGAAGAAAUGAUGCACACCAAUCACAGUCACAGCUCUGACAGUCAGAGAUCAGAUGAGGAGAGUGAACACAAAACACAAGGAGAAAACAGCACACAGGACAGUAUCCAUGAGGAUGAGGAGUUGAGCCCGGAGCAGAAGGCUGAACGCGAGCGUGAGAGGAGGAUGGCUAACAACGCCCGUGAACGUCUGCGUGUACGGGACAUCAACGAGGCCUUCAAGGAGCUGGGUCACAUGUGCCAGCUGCACCUGAAGAGUGAGAAGCCGCAGACCAAGCUGCUGGUGUUGCACCAGGCCGUGGCAGUGAUCCUCAGCCUGGAACAACAAGUCAGAGAGAGGAACCUGAACCCAAAGGCGGCAUGUUUGCGUAGGAGAGAGGAAGAAAAGGCAUCUGCAGUCAUGACUGAUCCACAGUCCAUGCAUCUCGCUUUUCAUCCCAGUCUGACAGAUUCAGCAAACUCUUUGAGCCACCUCUGAGCAUCUGAUAAUAACUACAUCAGGCCCAGCAUCAAAUGCUGAGUGAAGAGCAUCCCAGGAACAUCCAGAUGUGUUUGGGCGCCUAUGAUUUCUUCUGAAUUUGGACCAGAGUGGAGAGGUCGACCUCUCUGAUUGUAAAGUGUGAUGCAGUUGAACAAUCAUCUCCUCACUUCCCAAACGGACUUCUAACUUUGUGCCUAAACAGACAAAUGCAUUGUAUGCUGCAGAUGUUUUGUACAUACAGUAUUUUGUAUAUUUGUCGAUUGUCUUUCUGUUUGAAUAUAUCUGAAUGGAUGAAAGCCGGUAAUGACGAUGUUUCAUCUGCAGCUUGUUUGUGGCAGAGCCAGAUCUAUUUCUGACUGACUUUUACAGUGUAUCACUACUCACUAUGUACACUCUAGAUUUCCACCGAGCCCAGAGAACUGACAUUCCCACAAUUGUGUGCUCAGACAGCGAUUUCAUUUGUCUUGUGAUGUGUGUGUGUGUGUGUGUGUGAGAAAGAGAGAGAAAGUAUUGUAGGAGUUUGACCAUUCUGUGAAUGAACAGAUCUCCUAGAAUGUUCUUUAACCUCCUCUGUUAUUUGUAUAUGUGUGUCAUAGCACUGUUAACAAGCUGACACUUCAGUGAAACACUGGUGGGCAGAUCCCCUCUUCUUUUCAGUGUAAUUAAUGCUCUUCCGGUGUAGUCAAAGCUCUUUGCAUGUCUGAGUUUUUAAAUAGAAUGUUUCAUUGUUUUUCUAAAUUAUGUAACUUAUAUUUUAUACAAAUAUUGUGAUGUUAAUAGUGUCUCUGUUUGUUUUUGUAAUUCUCAUUUUACACAAAACAGUUUUUGUGCAGUUUUGCUAGAUGUAGCCACAUUUCAUGGUCUGGGCAAUACAGUAUUACAGUAUAGCUAAUGUCUUCUUUGCUUAUCACACUGCUAAGCUGAUAAAAAAAAAAAUCUGAAAUAAUCUUUACAUAAUAUACAGUUGUACAGUACAGUAUAUGUACAAUCGGAACUAGUCCACGGGCAUG